UUUGUUGCCUUUUUCUUUACGUUAUUUCGGGAGUUGCUGGGAUUCUAUCGCGCCGCCAUGUCCACCUCCUAUAAGAAGGAAGUAGUGAACUACAGGGACGUGGACGAGGAUGAACUACUGAAGAAACUCUCAGAGGAAGAGCUACAGAGGCUGGAGGAUGAGCUGGAGGAGUUAGACCCCGACAAUGCCCUGUUGCCGGCCGGGAUGAGGCAGAAGGAUCAGACCAAGAAGGCGCCGACCGGAACCUUCCAGAGAGAGAACCUGGUAGCCCACCUGGAGAAGCAGGCUAAGGAACACCCUGACAAGGAGGACCUGGUUCCGUUCACUGGAGAGAAGAGAGGUAAAGUCUUUAUACCUAAGAAGGUGGUGGACCCCAUCAUGGAGAACGUAACUCUGGAGCCAGAGCUGGAGGAGGCACUGGCCAACGCCAGCGACGCUGAGAUCUGCGACAUUGCCGCCAUUUUGGGAAUGCACACUCUGAUGAGUAACCAGCAGUACUACGAGGCUUUGGCCAGCAGCAAUAUAGUCAACAAACAAGGCCUUAACAGCGUUAUCCAGUGUACUCAGUAUAAGCCUGUGCCUGAUGAGCAGCCCAACUCUACUGACGUGGAGGAGACGCUGCUGAGGAUGCAGAGGAACGACCCCGACCUGCUGGAGGUCAACCUUAACAACAUCAAGAACAUUCCAGUGAAGACGCUGAAGGCCUAUGCAGACGCCCUGACGGAGAACACUGCAGUGGAACGCUUCAGCCUCGUGGGAACCAGGAGUAAUGAUCCCGUAGCCUUUGCUCUGGCAGAGAUGCUGAAGGGGAACACCACACUGAAGAGUCUGAACAUAGAAUCCAACUUCAUCACAGGGACGGGUAUCAUGGCUCUCAUCGCCUCACUGCAGUUCAACACAACCCUGCAGGAACUCAAGAUCGACAACCAGAGCCAGCCGCUGGGUAACAAGGUGGAGAUGGAGAUAGCCAGCAUGCUGGAGAAGAACACCACGUUGUUGAAGUUUGGCUACCACUUUACCCAGCAGGGACCCAGGCUGAGGGGCUCCAACGCCAUGAUGAACAACAACGACCUGGCUCGGGUAAUCCGAUCCGAUCAUCACUCGGACGGUUCCUUUACUCUCACUCUGUCCGUGCCGGAACUGGAGAGGGCAUUUGGUAAAAAGUUCAAGCCGAAACUCACCAAGUCCAAGACCAAGAAAUAAGAAAGAGAAGGCUUGAAGGCGGUCCCAUCUUCCCCAAGUGUCGGACAAGCGUGUAGCGCCGUCAGGCGCUGCCCGGCCCCGCCCAGCCCCGUAUUCAGCCAGACGCCCUCCAACAGAUAUCCCAUCAACCCCUGCUUUCCCCAACCCUAACCUCGACACCUCCGCGAUGACCGAAAUCGUUCCAAUUCGAAUGUCAGGGCCGUUGGCAAACCUUGUUCCUACUGUGGCAUGGAGUUGAUCUACUAUUGUACUAUUGUUUCUCUCACAGUUUUCUACUGAUAUUGGUUUAGAUAUCUUCGGUAAUUAUAUUAUCUGGUAAUUGUGACAUAGAGAAGCCGCCCACCUAUUCAGAAAGUAUUUAUUUUGUUGUUAGUUUGUUUACUGGAGAUGAACUUGUGGUGGUGGAAGAUUAAAUGGUGUUACAACCAUAAGGUGUAUUGUACCACGUGCCAUGGGCAACAGGUAGCCUAGUGGUUGAGAGCGUUGGGCCAGUAACCGAAAGGUCACUGGUUAAAAUCCCCGAGCCGACUAGGUGGGGGGAAAAUCUGCCAAUUUGCCCUUGAGCAAGGCACUUCACCCUAAUUGCUCCAGUAAGUCACUCUGGAUAAGAGCGUCUUCUAAAUGACUCAAAUGUAAAUGACUUAACUUGGUUAUGACGUUAGUACCACAUGAUGUAUUUCAGCAUUUCGCAACCACUUAACGUAAUGUUUUUCAGUGUGAUGUUCAUAUAAGAUACGUUUUUAGUCUGCAACUCACACUGUCUGUAAGCAAAGGCACAUAACGGUUACAUAGAAGCUAUGUUCAGAGGAAUUGUUGCAGAUUUAAAAACACUUUGGGGUGUAAGUUGUUUGUUUGUCCAAGUUUACCCCAUGGAGACAGCCACUAGAAGCUGGUCCUAGAUCAGUUUGUCCGCUAUUGUGUAAAUUCUGUAGUAUUACUGAUCUCAAGUCAGUUUAAGUCUUCUCAGUCAAACCUUACACAGAGAGAGGUUACUACUAAAAGCGUUGGUUCUAGAUCAGUUUUGUGACGAAGUCGAUAUCUGCUACGAUCCUUUAUUGAUGUCACUUGUUAAAAUCCACUUCAGAUCAGUGUAGAUGAAGGGGUGGAGACAGGUUAAGUAAGGAUUUUGAAGCCUUGAGGCAAUUGAGACGUGGAUUGUGUAUGUGUACCAUUCAGAGGGUGAAUGGGCAAGACAAAAGAUUUAAGUGCCUUUGAACGGGGUAUGGUAGUAGGUGCCAAGUGCACCGGUUUGAGUGUGUCAAGAACUGC